CCAGCAUCAGGGUUAAUAUUCAUAAUGUUCAUUCUGGUGCUGAUGCGCAUCUUUUACGCAGCCCGCCCUCCAUGACGUAAGCCAAGGUAGAUAAAAACUCAAGUUUGGCAAAGCUCUGCUCUGCACAGGUCCGGUGUUCAGCGGCUUUUGCUUUGCUUUGGGGAGAUUCCAUGCAUUUCUCCUUAUAGGACAGGGGGACAGGGCUGAAAACAGCAAGCUCUAAUCUGGCAACCCUGUGGCCGCUGUGGACAGGGAACCGGUGGGUCAGCAGCGGCUCCAGAAAACGCCACUGUGCUUUUAUUUGCCUUUCUGGAUCUCGGCUGCGUUCAUGGGUUGCGGUGGGAGCCGGAGUGAUGCCAUCGAGCCCAGGCGCAAUGAGAGCUGGACCAGAGAGACCGAGUCGACGUGGCUCACCAGCACAGACGCCGAGUGUCCGAACAACAGCAUCAGUAAAAGUGUGGAAGCGCGAUCUUCUCUGUCUUCUAAAGACAAAAGAAUGGUUAACACAGGCAUACAGUGUGGAAAAACACCCUUAACCUCUAGCACAUGUACAAAUCAACAGAGAAGCCAGCAAACGAAACUGGAGAGCGUCCAAGAAAGUGACUGUUCCCUCAAAUGAUGUUUCGUGAAGCAGUGACGCAGCCUCAGACCCAGCUAAGCCAAAAUGGAGGAGAGGGAGAUCAUUCAUACAUGAAAAGGAGAGUAACAAGGGGUUGGUCUGGUGAUAUGACUGUAAUUAGGGACAUGAGCAGGUUUCAGCAGUCAAGAGAAGACACUGAUUAACAUCCCCCAGCAUACACUCUGAAACGAGUGGCUCUCUUAUACCUUAAUGGCAUCAUAAUAAGGUUUACGCUGCAAGGAAAGAAACAGUAGUGUAAUAUCUAGCCCAUAAAAAAAACAGCCGAUUCCAACUUGGCUAGUAAACAUUUAGCAAAAAGUCUAGACGUAUUUAUUCCUAUUUUGUUGGGCCAACUACUUUGCACAUACUGUAUAAGGACUGAAUGCACUGUGAGCUUCCCAGUGAAGGGCUUUUGUAGUUUGCGCUGUGUAUGUGUGUGUUUUCUUUUUUCCCUUGUGUGAAAGAAAUGAGACAGUUAUUUAUGUUCCAACAGACUAAAUCAUGGAUACGUUAUUGAACAAGGUUACUAUUGUACUGUUACUUUAUGUAAUGGAUAUGAGUGGAAUGAUGUAGAACAAUCAUGGUGUUAAAAAUUGAGCAUAUUUUGGUAUCAGGUAUCAGACAACAUUUAAUGACUUACAAAAUAACAGCAUAUGGAAAUAAUGGGCUUUUUGAUGAAUUACCAGAAUAGCUGCAUCGAUACUGAGCAAAAUGUAUAGUAUUUAAGACCUCAUCAUACCACUACACCAUCACACCCCCAGCUAUAAUUGUAAAUGAAAUUAGCAGCCUUUUAUUAAGUAUUCUUGAUAUAUUUACAAAUUACUGUGUACUGCCCUUGUUUUUUUACUUUAUUUAUUUAUUUUUUUUCUUAAUUAUAGGCCUUGUGUCUCUUAAAUUGACAGAACUCUAUAUUACUGAAUCACAAAUCAGUGACAUGCAUCAUUCACCAUGCUGAGUGUUUUCCUUGGGUUGAUAAUAAUUAAAUAUCAAACUGCUUGAUUGGUAAAAGCUAAACGAUUACUAGGCUACAUGCACAGGCUUGCCUGUAAUUAAUAUUAUUCAGACUACUUCAAAUUACAGUGUGCUUCGCGCUUUUGUGUGACGUGUGAAUUAUUAUGUUUACUUUAAUAAAGAAUGAGAUGGUGUGA